UCUAUCUCUUAUCGUUACUUUCCUCCCUCGAGAUUCAAGAUCCGAUACUGCUACUGAGCACAGAGUCCUGAAGCUGCUUGCCUCAGUUCAUGGCUGGAAGCAUCGCUUCGCCACUUCAAUUCCCACCCGAUGCGCGGCUCCUGUCGGCGGCACAGUCCCGCCAACAUGUCGCUGUCCGAUCUCACCGCCUCCUCUGCCUCCCCGCCGCUACCGUAGCAGCUCCUCCCCUCCGGGUACCGAUCCGGCGGCGACUAGCUGGCCGCUCGGCCGCCAGCUCCGACACGGCGAUGGGAGGGAAGACCGUCUCCGAUGAUAGAAUGCUGGUCUUUGUUCCUCCGCAUCCAUUGAUCAAGCACUGGGUCUCUGUUCUCAGGAACGAGCAGACGCCUUGCGCAAUCUUUAGGAAUGCCAUGGCUGAACUCGGGAGGUUACUUAUAUAUGAAGCAACGAGAGACUGGUUGCCUACAGUCAGUGGGGAGAUAGACUCACCAAUGGGUGAAGCUGCAGUUGAAUUUAUCGACCCACGUGAACCUGUGGCGAUUGUCCCUAUUUUGAGAGCUGGUCUUGCAUUGUCAGAGCAUGCCUCAACAGUUUUGCCAGCAACGAUAACAUUCCACCUUGGUUUGCGGAGGGAUGAGACCACUCUAGAGCCUUCAAUAUAUCUGAACAACUUGCCUGAUCAGUUUCCAGAGGGGUCACGCAUACUCGUCUUGGAUCCUAUGCUUGCAACUGGUGGUACUAUAGUUGCUGCUAUUGACUUGUUAAAAGACCGUGGAGUCAACAACAAGCAAAUGAAAAUAAUAUCCGCUGUUGCUGCACCUCCUGCUCUGCAAAAACUCAGCAAGAAAUUUCCUGGGCUCCACGUGUAUUCCGGAAUGCUAGAUCCUAUUGUAAAUGAGAAAGGGUUCAUAAUCCCAGGCUUAGGGGAUGCUGGUGACCGUAGCUUUGGUACCUAGAACUUUGCAUGCCACGGUUCCUCUUAUCCUUUCUAGAUUUCGUCACACUUUUACCUGAGAUUUAUGAAGGUAAUCUUUUUGAAGGCUUGGAAGAGAUUUUUGUUCUAAGAGAACGAUUAAUGAAUCGUUUUGAGAAAAGUUCAUUCGGUAUUUUGAAGAAUUAGACUUUUGCAUUGUAAAAAUUGCAAACUAUACAGCCCGUGAACACGAAAAGAGGCUUGCUAAGGCUAAGAGUUAAUAGCUCUCGCGCAUUGAUAUUCACAUGGCACGUCACAAAUAUUAUCUUUUUAAUAUUUUUAUUUAUAAAAUUUGUAAAUUGACAUUAAAUUUCUGCGGUUAUAACUUUAGAUAUAGGUCAUCUUGUUCAACUUUUAGCUCAUGGCAAAAGAGUUAGGAUUUUCAUUGAAA